UGCAGUGGGGUAGAAGACAGCCUGGGACCAUGGAGCUCAGUGUCCUCCUCUUCUUUGCAGUCCUCAUGGGCCUCUUGCUACUCCUGGUCAAGGGCCGCCCAAGCACCCGUGGCUACCUCCCGCCAGGUCCCCAUCCUCUGCCCUUCUUGGGGAAUCUUCUGCAGAUGGACAGAGGAGGGCUACUCAAGUCCUUCCUGAGGCUCCGAGAGAAAUACGGGGAUGUCUUCACGGUAUACCUGGGACAGAGGCCCGCGGUCAUGCUGUGUGGGAUAGAGGCCAUAAAGGAGGCCCUGGUGGACCAGGCUGAGGACUUCUCUGGCCGGGGCAAAAUCGCCACUGUGGAGCCAGUCCUCCAGGGAUAUGGCGUGGUCUUUGCCAACGGGGACCGCUGGAAGGCCCUCCGGCGAUUCUCUGUGGCUACCAUGAGGGACUUCGGGAUGGGAAAGCGGAGCGUGGAGGAGCGGAUUCAGGAGGAGGCUCAGUGUCUGGUGGAGGAGCUGCGGAAAUCCAAGGGAGCCCUCCUGAACCCCAUUUUCCUCUUCCACUGCAUCACCUCCAACAUCAUCUGCUCCAUUGUCUUUGGAAAACGCUUUGACUACAAAGAUGAAGAGUUUCUGAGGCUGCAGGACCUGUUCUACCAGUCUUUCUCACUCGUCAGCUCUUUAUAUGGCCAGGUCAGAGAGAUGGAGAGGGACAGGGAGGGGAAGCGCAUUUGUGUUGGUGAAGGCAUCGCCAAGGCCGAAUUGUUCCUCUUCUUCACCACCAUCCUCCAGAACUUCUCCCUGGCCAGCCCCGUGGCACCUGAGGACAUCGACCUCACACCCCAGAAGAGUGGUGUGGGCAAAAUACCCCCAAGAUACCAGAUCCGCUUCCUGCCUCGCUGAAGGGGCUGAGGGAAGGGGGUAAAAGAUUCCAGGGUCAUUAAGUGUCUCCACCUCCAAAAACAAUGGCCCUGAUUCCCUCCACAGCUCCCUGCCUCUGAGAGACCUACUGCGAGCCCGUGUCCUUCCCCCUCCACAGCGUCUGCUGUCUGAGCUGACGUCGCUAGUAGUGGAGGAGCAGGAUUCACACUCAGGCUCUAGAACCCAAACUUCAUCACAGCCCCCUCUUUUUCAUACACAUAUUUUUAAAUUAAGAGCAAAUUCACAUAAGAUAAAAUUAACCAUUUACAAUGUGAGACGUAGUGGCAAUGUUCAUUCACAAUGUUGUCCAACCAGCGGCACGUAGUUCCAAACAUUUUUAGCAUCCUCCCCGGAUGAUCAAACUACAACCCAGGCCUAUUAAGCAGUCACACCCGUUACCUAUUCCCCACUGGCCCCCAGAAAACUCCAAUCUGCUUUCUGUUCCUGUGGACUUACCUAUUCUGGAUAUU